AGGAGGCAACUUGUGGAUUAAAAAACACAGACGCCGCCAGAGUUUGAAAAUAAAUAAUUAAAAUUUUAAGCAAGACGGAGAAAUGCUGGAAGCCGGCGGUGAGGCAAAGAUACUGGCCGGGUUUACCAGCGCGGACGUGGGCCCCGAGGCGAAGGAAUACAAUUUACUUCGCGCCGAUGAGGAAUAUCGCAAUGGCAAUGUGGAGCACUCGAUUUACUACCAGGUUAAAGCCCAAUUCCAGUCCACCGAUCUGCGUUACCUCACCGAAGCGUCGGAGCUGGAAAGCCAGCGACCCACAACAGAGGAGCUGAUCAGGUCAGCCUCUAGUCAAGAGAAAAGGGACUACAAAAGCAGAAAGUUUCUGCAGAACAUCAUCAACUAUCUCCAGCGGAUGGAGCGCGAGAAGCCGCCGGAGAAGCCAACCAAAGAAUCCUUGGAGUACCUGGACUUCCUGAAGGAUGCUCAGGAGCCCAAUGAGGGUCUAACCCGCAUUUCGAAUGUAUGUCAUAGCCUGCCCGACGAAUGGUGUGUUCUGCAGCUCUGCAAGAGCUUCAAUCCCGCCACCACGUACUCCGUGUUCAACGAGAUUAUAGCCAGCGAUGGAGCCAUUUAUCUCACCCUGCUCCGCCACUGUAGAAGCCCACAACUGGGUCCCAUCUGCAUCAGAUUCUCCAACGAAAAUCUGGCCAAUCUUUUUCGGGAGUACAGCACCCUGGUGGAGAGGUUCAGGCGAGUGGUCACCGUGGAUCCACUCAAUAUGAAGGGAAAGGAGGCUAAGCAGAAGUACUGGGAGGAACUGAAUGCCUUUGACGCCUUCCUGCAAAAACUACUCUCUGCCUUCCGGGACAUAAUCUCCCCCUAUGCCUUUCUGUUCUUUGGCAAACGCUAUGAAUGCGGUGUUGUCCAAAAGCAGAUCAAGGUCGUAAAUACUCUUGUGGAUGACUUCUGCCUGCUUAACCAAUGGAGCACUCACCAGCGAGUUUUGCUCUCCCAAGCCGCCCUGCAUGCCAACCGACUGAAUGCCGGGGACCUCAAGCUAAUCUGCUAUGAACUGUCCAGCAACGAAAAUGAGAUACAAUCGGUGUACGACAUGCUCAAGGGAUUGGCCAGCGACUGGACGCAGCUGGAGGAGCGCCAACAGCUGGCGGCUAGGAGAUUUCCCACCAUUCUGGUGGUCGAUGAGCGCCUGGACCACCUACAUUGGGAGCAGUUAAUCACCGUACAGGAAUUUUGCCGUGUCAAAUCCCUGCAUUGCCUCUGGCGUUUGUUCCAGCAUCACAAGUCAAACAUAAGGCAUGGCUACUACACAACGAAUAUCAAACAUGGCAUGUGUGUAAUAAAUCCGGAUGCGGAUUUGGUCAACUCCGGGCGCAGGUUGCGCAGCUUCUUCGAGUACUGGCUGUCCCAGUGGCAACACCUCUUUGAAACGGUGCCAAACGAGGAGCUGAUGCUGAAGCGAGCCCUCCAAGCGGAUUGUUUUGUAUAUGCAGGUCACGGUUCUGGCUUGCAGUACGUUAAUGGAAGAACAAUUUGUCGUGCACGUGCGCGUAGCGUGGUCUUCCUCUUUGGUUGCGAUUCCACGCGGAUGCUGGGUACGGGAUUGUAUAGUGCAUUGUAUGGAGCCCAUGAUUACUACCACGGUGCUCUGAGUCCCUCGAUAGUGGGCACCCUUAUGCCCGCCCUGGAUGGGAACAUGGAUACGGUUUCGGUGACAGUCUUGAGUCUUUGGUUGGCGCCGGGGGACAAAAAGGUGAUGCCCUGGACACAUAUUGAUCGUAUGACCUGGCUAAAGAAUGGCAUUAUAAAAGUCUUUGUAUUACAGGAAAGGAGGAAAACCCGCCCACCAUGGACGCCCAACCCAACUACCACCUGGGCAGCCUGUGCUCCAUUCUGUCGCUGGUGCAGCAGGGCAAGGUUGAGCCAAAUAUCUACAACUGCUGCAUAUACGUGUGCCGCGGCCUGCCCGCCUGGAACGUGGCCGUUGAAAAGAUGCCUUUAUAGCUGAAUUCGUGUUUUGUGUCGUGGAGUCGAUCUCCCCAAGGCAAUUGUUUAGCAAAAGAAACCAUGUACAAAAGUCUGAUUUAAUUGAACUAAUUCAUUCAAGUGGAAAGUGGUGCGCAAAGGAUUGCAUAAAAACUUAGUUUAAACACUCAGAAUCGUUGGAAUAAACCACUACAUCUAUAUAUUAAGAAAUAAGUAAAAA